AUGUCCUCGCCUGCUACCAACAACUGGCUACGCACCCAGCUCAAGAAGGAUCUUCUUGAGCUCGCCAAGGAGCUCGGCCUCAAGAACAUCAAGGACUUGAAGAAGCCAGAGCUCGAGGCCUCCCUCGACGAAUACCUCACCGAGAAUGCCAGCCGCCUGUCGGGAAAGACUGAGCUCCAGGGCUACUACAACAGCCACUACAACAGCCGCUCCAGGGGCUCACCGCUGAAGCGGGAGGCCAAGUCCCCAGUCAAGAGGGAGGCGGAGCCCAAGGAAGUCAAGGAAGUGAAGCAGGCUGUCAAGAGUGAGCCCGAGAGGGAGCUCAAGGUCGCCAAGCGACGGGUUUCCAGGCUCGUCGAGGAGAUCUCUCAAGAAGCCGAGACCCCCCGCGCGUCAUCUACGGCUGUUUCACCUACUACGGCUCUUGUUCAGACGCCUGCCCGAAGCCUCUCCCAACAAGUCAUGGCUCAGCUUGCUCUUCCUGCCACGCCUGCAGACAUUGCGCGUUCUGUUGACCGCUCUACCACUGCUGUGCGAACUCGCGUGUCGUCCAUCUACCAGGAGACCGGUAUCAACGAAGUUACUGAGGCUACCCGCAGCUCCCUGAGCACUGUCCACUCGAUUGUCUUCCUAGUCAGCCUCUUUGAGCUUUACUUUAUCCGCCGGGAAAUUCUUGCCGACAAGUACGCCUUUACUAUUCCCGCCAUCAGUUUCCUCCAGACCUCCGACUACCCCGUCUACCUGCCCGAUAUGUUCCUGUUGUUGACGGGUAGCUUCUGGUCUCCUGCUUUCGCUUGGGCUCUCACCAGCUUCAUCCUGCCAACCUUCUUCGGCUACUUUUUCAAUCUGAACGCUGCUUCCACCUCUUCUGGUCCCCGCACCCGAUCUCGCGCCCAUGUUCCCGAGUACCUUGUUGACCCUGUGAGCUUCAGCAUUGCCAAGGCUCUUUUCUCCUACGUUGUUUACGCGCAGGGCGUCACCUUUGGCGGCCUGCUCUCUGACGUAUCUAUCGAGCGCCUCUCAGGCGCCGUAUACGGCGGCUACAAGGGAGUUUUGACUGGUACUGCCAUCACAGGCCUUAUCAGCAUGUACGAUGCAGUUUUGAGGAAGUAA